GUGUUUCUCUCUGUGACUCAGCAGCCGGCUGCCGACUAUGAAAUACAUACGGUAUUUACGGCAGCCGCGCAGAGAACGGCCAAAGCCGGCUACCAUAUCGAUUUUGUCUGUCUGUUCUGUCUGGCCAUUUUCACUCCGUAAUAUACACGCUUGAGCGCGUUGAAGUUCUUUACGCGAAGUUGCAGCUCGCGGGAAACCCUCUUGCGGGAUUAAUACCCUCUUGGUUAUCUCAAAUUUUGCGGGAAUUUGUUGGAAUAUUUACUUUCGACUCGUAUUCUUAUCUUUUGAUCGGCUAAUUGACCGUAGUCAUCCCUCGCCAUGUCGACGGCUACUCGCAAACGCGGCGGCUCGCAGCAGAAGAGCAGCAGCAGCGCGGUGUCGGCCGCCGCCAGCUCUUCAUCCUCGCACCGCACGGAGACCACGGAGACGGUGUACGAGCGGUCGGAAGUGGAGACGCGCACCCGCAAGGCCCCGGCCUUCGCCUCCGUCACCGCCGAGAUCGAGGCCAGCGGCGGCGUGGGGCUGGCCGCGUCGCCCUUCUCCCGGCACCAGGAGAAAGAGGAACUGCUCCUGAACUCCCGCUUGGCCACCUACAUCGAUAUUAUUCGAUCGCAGGAACAGGAGAUCGGCGUGCUGAAGAGAAAAGUCGAGUCGAUCAACACCACCGAGUCCAAAGAGGCGCAACGGCUGGCCGACACCUACGACCGGGAGGUCGCCAAUCUGCGGCACGCGCUGGACGAGGUCAGCCGGGACCUGGCCGCCACCACCACCGAGCGCGAUGAACUGCGCAACGAGAGCAAGGAUUACGUGGCCAGGAACCAUGCUCUGGAGAAGGAGAAGGCCGCACUGCAGAAAAAGCUGAAGGAAGUGGAGAAUGCUCUGCGUGACGCUCGCCAGCAGUUAUCCAAUCUCCGCGACCAGAUCCGUGACCAUGAUGAUGAAAUCAAGACGAUGAAUGCCAAAAUUCGCGAUCUGCAAGCCCAGGUGGAGCAGCUGAAGAAGGAGCUGCAGGCGGAGACCGUCAAGCGUGUUGACGCCGAGAAUCGCCUACUAUCCACGCAGGAAGAAUUACAGUUCCAGAAGAACCUUCACGCCGAACAAAUCACGAAUCUCCGUAAUCAGCGCGUCAUCGAGGUCACGGAGACGGAGACCCGUCUGACCGACCACUACCACUCCAAGAUCGCCGAGCAGCUGGACGCCCUGCGCGCCGACAUGGAGCAGAUCGCGCGGGACACCCGCGAGGAACUGGAGCGCAACUACCAGACACAGCUGGACGAUCUGGCGCAUCUGGCCGACCGCAACGCCGAGGACGGCCGCGCGGUGCUGGAGGAACUGCGCUUGACGCAGAACAAGUUGAAGGACAUCCAGGGCAAGACGGACCGGCAGAGCCAGGAGUACCGCGCCAUGAUUGCGCGGCUGGAGGGGGAGCUGCGGGAGAAGGAUGCGGAUGUUCAGCGGCUGCAGCAGCUGCUGGCCGACCGCCAGGAGGAGCUGCAGCGGACGCACCGGGAGUUGUCGGAUCUGAUGGCGCAGUACCAAGAGCUGCUGGGUGAACGUAUCCAGCUGGACGCGGAACUGGCCACGUACCAUACGCUGCUGCGCACCGAAGAGGACCGUUUGAACCUGACUCCCAUCCAUCCAUUCCCCGCAACCCCGGGCGGCAGCGGCGUCAAACGACGCCGCGUGACCCGCAGCGACCAGUCGAUCUCGCGCACGCGACUGCGCAAUGAGGCAUCGGCCAAGGGCGAUGUCCAUGUCGUGGAGAUUGACGCCGACGGACAGUUUGUCCGUCUGGAGAACCGUUCUGCGCAGGAUGUGAACGUGGGCGGUUGGGCACUGUACAUGCAGUCGGACAACGGCAGCGACAACGAGACCCGCUACCGUAUCCACGGCCAGACCAUCCUCCGCGCCCAUUCGACCAUGACGAUCUGGUCGGCCAACGCCAACGUCGUGCACGACCCGCCCAGCGACAUCGUUAUGGACGGCCGCUGGCUGGUGGGCGGGUACACGUCGGUGACGCUGUCCAACGCCGAUGGCGAGGAUGUGGCGCGCCGCGAGAUGGUCCGCGAGGCCGUCGUGGGCGGUAAACGGCGACGGCUGGCCGCCGGCGCCAACGCCGAUGAAGUGGACGGCGGAGAAGAGCAGAGAAAUUGCAUCGUUAUGUAACUGUGGAACUGAUGGCAUUGCAAUGGCAUUUAUUAUCUGUUAAUCGUGGACUCGCGUUUUAAUUCUGGCUGAUUUUAUCCUCCUUUCUGUUGCCUGUUUUUAUUCCAUGGAAGUUUUUGCGCGGCAUGAAGGGAUGUUUUCGGGAACGGUGCCCUUGUUGAAGCACAUAUGUAUUUUAAAUUAAUUUGUUUUAACGCUUUUUACGCCUUAUUUGGAGUGUUGUGGCCGUUUUUGGCCUCUGUCCGGGAGAAGAAGCGCAGCUGAUGUUUUAGCGUUUUUAUAAUGGUUUUAGCAGUUUUUUUGGUUAAAGAUUUCGUGUCAGUGUUUGUCUCGUUUGUUGUGGAUAGAGUUUGAUGGUUUUUCUCGAGUAGUUUUAUUGCUGUUAAUGUACACGUGCUGCUUGUGACCUUUUAGUUACGGAACGCGUUAUUACCGAGAACAUGAACACUACCGAUAAACAAACAGUGAAGGCAGAAAUUAAUAA